CAGGCGAGUAAAGGUAUUUAUCAGGGGGGGGUUAAAACAAGAAAACACGACUUUACUCCAGGGAAGUGCGAGCGCUUCGCGUUAAAGUCAAACCCAACCCACGUAAAAUCCAAGAUGGCGCGUGUUAACGUCUUCCUCGCUCACAAACCGCCGAGAGGCAAAGCGCUCACUGCUGCCCCCCGUGGCUGGAAGCUAAACCACCACAGUGAUUAUGUGUGGUCGUAUUAGAGGCGUGACAGUAGCUCAUGAAAAUGCGAUCAUCUCAUACUUCUUCAGAGUUGAGUUCAUUUUUUUCUUCUUCCAAGUUUCUAGAAAAGACUUCAACGCUCAGCUGCUUGUAAUACAGCUUCCGACCACCGGCGGCAGCACGGAGCGCAAUGCUGCUGCGUGGGCAGCACUCCAGUCCGUUAGAGAGGAAGAAGGAGCAGGCAGGAUGUCUCUGACCAUGACCAAGGCUGAUGGGGUCACUGUGUUAACUUUGACCUCUGACCCCAAAAGCUCUUGUCCUCCACUGUGUCAAAUCUUCAAGGGCCUUUGCUACAGUCCAGCAUGCUGCUCUUUGUCUCAGCACCUGAGGAGAGUCCAGAGAUCUUCUCAGUCAAUACUUGGGGCUCUGCAUAUCAUGGUUGGAUUGUUCAACAUCGGCCUCGGAGCAAUCCUCCGUAGCAAUGCUGGUGCCUCUUGGUGGCAAAUGGAUGAGAGCGGAUUUCCUUUUUGGUUCGGAGCAAUAUUUGUCAUGUUUGGUGCCAUUGGUAUUUUGUCUGAGAAGUACCCCAGUCCAUGUCUGAUCAUCGUCAAUGUGACCCUGAAUCUUCUAGCAGGAGUUGCUUUUGCCAUUGCAGCCAUCGUACUCUACAGCAUCAACAUAGCAAAUAUGUGGGUGUGGAUAUGCGAAGAUUAUGAUUAUAGUUACAGACGACACCAUACACCAUCUCCUCAUGAGGACAUGAUCAGGGAGAAAUGCGAGGAGGGCCGUGCAAUGGUUCUGAUGCUAACGAGAGGCACGAAUGGUUUGCUGAUCGUCCUGUCAGUCCUGGAGCUCUGCCUCGUCAUCAGCUCUGCUGUCUUGGGGAUCAAGGCUCUGUGUAACAGUGAGAGGAGAGAAAAUGAGAACAAUGAAGACCCAGAACGUUACAAGCCACUCCUGGAGGAAGUCACCAUGAUGUUUAAGAAACUGGUUGGUAGGAACUCGGUGCUGACAGACGGAGAGAGAAAAGUUCGUCUUCUUCACCAACCGUCAUAUUUACGCAGACGUCGCCGCCAUGUUGGAUGUGGCAGGUCUGCCGUGUACACAAAUACAAGUAGAUGUGAUAACUGUGCAGGCAGGAUGUCUCUGACCAUGACCAAGGCUGAUGGGGUCACUGUGUUCACUUUGACCUCUGACCCCGAAAGCCCUUGUCCUCCAUUUUGUCAAAUCCUCAAGGGCCUUUGCUACAGCCCUGUGUGCUUCUCCGUGUCUGAGCACCUGAGAAAGGUCCAGAGAACUUCUCAGUCAGUACUGGGGGCUCUGCAUAUUACUGUUGGGUUGCUGAACAUCGGCCUUGGGGCAAUCACUGAUGUUUGGUCCUCCCCAUAUCCGUUUUGGUUGGGAGGAAUGUUCAUAUUGUUCGGCAUCGUGAGCAUUUUGUCUGAGAAGUACCCCAGUCCAUGUCUGGUCAUCCUCAAUGUGAUUCUGAAUCUGUUGGGAGUUCUUUUCGCCAUUGCAGCCAUCAUACUCUACAGCAUCGACAUAGCAGUCAUUAAUUUGUGGUGGAUGUGCGAGGAAUAUGAAGAUUACUUUUCACAUGACUCUACACCAUCUCCUCAUGAGGACGUCAUGAAGGAGUUAUGCUUGAAAGGCAGAACGAUGGCUCUGAUGCUUAUAAGAAGCAUCAUUGCUGUGCUGAUUGUCCUGUCGGUCAUGGAGCUCUGCAUCACCAUCAGCUCUGCCGUCCUGGGGAUCAAGGCUCUGAGGAGCAGAGGGAAGAGAGGAGACAAGAGCACUGAUGACCCAGAAGACUACAAACCGCUUCAGGAGAAAGAUGCCAUCAACCCUGCAGUCUGACUGAAAAUCUGUGCUCCUUGCUUUCUGUUACUACAAUUACUACAACAUUUACACUGUUGAGCGUAUGUUUUGUAAAGACAAUGAUCUUCACAAGUUCAGCUUGACAAUCUCUGUCAAACUUUUCCUCUGUGGGUUGCUGAAAAAAUAUAAAUAAAUACUUUUUUUGUAUUCUAUUUUAAUAUUCUUUGUAAUAAUCUGAACUAAAUAGUUUAUGCUGCUCUUUCAUCGUCUGUUAUUUACUUUUUAAAUGUCCUUGUUUCUUCUGAUUUUAGACAGUACAGCUCCUUAUAGUCAGUGUGGUUGUAAAGGGAGUUUUGUGUGUUUAUGUGUUUAUAAAAAUGUGUGUUUGUUGUUAUUUGCAGUAUUAAGCCAUUUUCUUUUUUUUAAAAAAAUGACCUAAACUAUCUGUUACAUAUUUCAUGAUUUGUAUUUCUGCCUUCAGCUUAACAACCAAUUGUUCUGUUUGUGUAAAAAUAUGAACAGUGAAUGUCACGAGAAUUUUUUUUAUAAACCAAAGUAAAAUAAAAUGAUUAAAGCAAGUCUGCUCA